GCCUUCCCGUGCCGCUGGCCCCAGCGCACUGCUGGCAGCCGAGCCUGGCGAGAGGCAAAGUGAAACAUGACUGAUACAGAUGAACCCCAGGCUUCUGGCUCCGAUUACCCUGAUGCCCAAGAGCUGAUCAGCCAUCAGCAGAAGGAGCCAUCUGAGGUGUAUUCAUGGCAGAGGAAUACAGGAACAGAGUGUCCAUGGUCAAGGCAGAAGGUGGCUGCUCCUGGGGAGUCUUCAGAUCAUGCUAACAGCAUGUGCAAAUCACCAGCAACUUCAGCUGAGGUUUUACUCAUUAGCAGUGAUUCAGAAACUGAUGUCUCUGCUGCUCAUCCCGAGUGGUCUGUUGCACCUUCAAAGCAGAAAAGGAGAUAUCAAUCAUCAAGGCAGCAAGCUGAAUCUGUUACAGGAGUACCUGACAAUGAAAGUUCUUCAGAUUCUUCUUUGUCUCUCCAAAGUCCAGGGAAAUCAUUGGAAGUUCCCAAGCAGAAGUCAAAACUCAAUUUGAAGGCUAUUUUUGCCUAUCACUUCAGGGGAAGGAAGUUCAAAGCAGCCGCACACCGAAAAUACAAAAUUCGUGAGCGAAAGAGCAAAAAGAAGAAAAAGUAUGAGAGCACACAGAUGCCCACGGGGAGGCCACCACUCACAGCCUCACCUCAGGAACAAAAGAGGAGGCUUCUAGACAGAGGUUUUCAAUUCCCUUUUGUUGAAAAACAUUAUGGGGAGAAACAUAUUCCCUUGAAGAUGGUUCUUGGCUAUGAGCAAGCAGCUGCAAAAGGAUAUUUCAAGUAUAUUGAAGUGCUUAAAUAUGAAGACCAUCUCAAAAAAGCUUUAAAAGCCCUUCAGGCCAGUGACGACUUAGAAAAAGAAUGUGUGGUGUUUCGGAAACACAAAUACUUAGAUGAUGAAGGCCCCAUUUCCCCUAUUCAGGAGACAGAUGAUGAUGAAGACAGCAUGAAUUCUGAUACUGAGGAAAAGCUUGAUGCCAGAGUAGUGGAGAACAGCUCUUUCAUUCUAAGCAGCACAAUUCCUGUUAAAAAAAAGUCCAAGUCCGGAAGAAAACACGCUAAACCACCUGAAGUGAUUGAAAUAGUGGAUGAAGAAGAUGGUGCUGAAGAGAACUUUGUUUCUCUGCAAGGCUCAGUUCAGUGAAUGGCAGACAGACAAAAAAGGUGGCAGUCAUCGUUCUUCAGAUGAAGCUUCAUGGGCUUGUUUGGUUUAAAGCAUCGGUCUGGAGUCAGUAUUGAUCUCUCCAACCAGCUGCCUGGGCACAUUUGACUUACUUUCAUGUUGCUUUUGGAAGAUGAAAUACCUCAUGGAUUACUUGCUGCACAAGAUGAGCACACUGACACUGCAGUAGCAGCAGUUGUAACUUCUUGGAUCUCUUGAAUUCUUAACGCUGUUUGCUGACCUAAUUCACAAAUCUAUUACUUCAAUGGACAUCUGUGCAACAUGGUAGUAAAAAAGGGGCAUUCCUGUGAUGGGUGGAGCAGAUUGGAGAGCCUCUGCUGAGGUAUAAAACACUUUGUUGUGUUACCAGCAUUCAACCAGUGUAACUGGACUACUGGCUGCCUGGCUUCAUACCCAGAUAAAAGCACCCAAGUCUUGAUGGACUGCUAAAAUACUGAGGAAACUUUAGAAGUAUUACUUGGUUACAACAAUUUAUUUUACGAAGUGCACCUGAAGUCCAGUCUGAAUUAGUGUCUUGGUACUUAAGAGAAAGUGAAGGAAGAAACGUAGGAUGCCAUUUCACUGAAGUCUGAAGCUGCUUCAAGGGUGCUUGAGGAUACAGAACAAAGUGAACUGCCCCGAGUUUAAAAAAUGGAAGCAACCUGUUUGACAGGGUCUGCUACCAAGUUGCUGUAUGUCAGAGGGAUGAGAAACACCAGGUGGGAGCUACCAAAGUGAAUGUGAAGGUGCUGGUGAUGUUGCUGCAAGCCUGCUGCAAAGAACUGCACAGCUGUUACAAAUGAAGAAAACCUUCUCUAGAGUGUUGCAGCUUUUUGGCAUUAAACACCCAUUUUAACUUGUUACUGCUUUGUACACUGUAGUAGCAUGUGUUGUGACUUGCCUCUUGCCCUUCUCAGAGCUGUGGUGAAGAUGCCUUUGCAGUGUUAAGAGAAGGCCCAGCUAAACUGAGAUUACAGAGGGGACUGGAAGUGGCUUUAUCAGGGAAUUUCCCUGACUUCCUUGUCACUGAACUCAACUGUACCAAAGCCCUGGACGGGUGUUUAUUCUGUAUGGAAAAUGACAGCAUUUAAAUAAAACUUGGGGCUCUGGGCUGCUGCCUGGGGUUAUUUCCUGCUGCUGCACUGAAGACCCAACACGGGGUUGAGGAAAUUAUGGCAGCUGCUCAAUCACCUCUGCGUUGCUGGUAGCAGAAUGCAAGCUUGGUCUCUUAUAUUCUGAGAGAGGAACAAGAAUAUUGAUGUAGGUGGGCCUCAGCAGCCCUUGCAGACCUGCCAUGAUGUUGAGACUCCAUGCUCUACUACUAGUCCCAGCACUACAAACAGCCUCCAUGUGACUGCAUGGGCUUUACCAAACCUGUUCAGGUUUAUGGCUUGCUGCAGCAGUACAGGCAACUGCACCAGACUGAAAGAAAUGAGUGACAAGAAAUGGAGAGUUAAUGCAUCAAAAAUCAGCAGAUUGAGCAGAUGGAGAAGAGGCUGCAAAAAUGAGCAGAGGGCUGGAGGACCUUGUCUGAAGAUGCUCAGAGUUGGGGUUCAGCCUGGAGCAGAGAAGGCUCCAGCACUCUUCACAGAGCCUUAAGCACUGCAGGGGGAUUGGUCCAGAGAAUCUUUAAGGUUUCUUCACCACCCCCACCUACUCCAUGAUUGGCAGUGGUGCACUUUAGCCAAACGGA